GGGCCGGCUGUGGAAAGAGAGCCUGACACUAACUAUCUACACAUAUCCUUUGCCUGCUCCGGGAAAAUUCGCACUAGAACACUCUGAACAGACGCAGGAAACAUCCUUGUGCUUUGACUGUCUUGGCCUCGUUAGAUAACUGAGAAAAGAAGCACACAUGUAAAUGACUAUGUGCUGCCAGUAAAAUAUCUGUUUUUCUACUUUAGUUUUUCUUUCCUUCUUUCUAUUGACAGUGUAACAGAAAGUGCCCCGUUCCUCUCACAGACGUUAAGGGGCGGAAUUUGUACAAACGUGAGAGGGGUGAAGUCAUUGCCACGCCGUCAGAAGGACCGAGUAAGUGGGCGGAGGACAGAGAGAGACAGAGAGAAAGGGAUUGAGAAAGAGAGAAGGAAAGAGAGAGAGAGCGACCAUGAUGGAGCUGAGGAUCCAGUUGAUCCCUACAGGUGAGAUCAUCCUGUCCCCUGGGAAGAAUGGAGAGAGCUACUGCCACAGCUGCACCAAGACGUUGGGGAGUGACGGGGUGCGGAUCACAAUGGAGAGUGCCCUGACGGCCAGGGACCGGGUGGGUGUGCAGGACUUUGUCCUGCUGGAGAACCACACCAGCGAGGCGGCCUUCAUCGAGAAUCUCCGCAAGCGCUUCAAGGAGAACCUCAUCUAUACAUACAUCGGCUCAGUCCUGGUGUCGGUGAACCCCUACAAGGAUCUGGAGAUCUACACCAAGAACCACAUGGAGCGCUACCGAGGCAUAAACUUCUACGAGGUCUCUCCCCACAUCUACGCGGUGUCUGACAACUCGUACCGGUCCAUGCGGACGGAGCGUAAGGACCAGUGCAUCCUCAUCUCUGGGGAGAGCGGUGCCGGCAAGACUGAGGCCUCAAAGAAGAUCCUGCAGUACUACGCCGUGACCUGUCCCGCCAGCGACCAGGUGGAGACGGUCAAGGACCGCCUGCUGCAGUCCAACCCUGUCCUAGAGGCUUUUGGAAACGCCAAAACGUUACGCAACGACAACUCUAGCCGCUUCGGUAAAUACAUGGACAUCCAGUUUGACUUCAAGGGUGCACCGGUAGGGGGACACAUCCUCAACUACCUGCUGGAGAAGUCACGGGUGGUUCACCAGAACCACGGCGAGAGGAACUUCCACAUCUUCUACCAGCUGAUUGAGGGGGGUGAGGAGGACCUGCUGCGGCGCCUGGGCCUGGAGAGGAACCCCCAGCAGUACCAGUACCUCGUCAAGGGGAACUGUCCCAAGGUGAGCUCCAUCAACGACCGCAGCGACUGGAAGGUGGUGAGGAAAGCCCUGUCUGUCAUCGGCUUCAGCGAGGACGAGGUGGAGGAGCUGUUAAACAUUAUUGCCAGUGUCCUUCACUUGGGCAACAUUCAGUAUGGAGGAGAGGACAGUGGCAAUGCCUACAUCACUACAGACACACAGAUAAAAUACCUGGCGAGGUUACUAGGAGUGGAUGGUUUGGUCCUGAAAGAAGCGCUAACACACAAAAAGAUCAUCGCCAAAGGGGAAGAGCUGAAGAGCCCUCUGAACCUGGAGCAGGCGUCGUCGGCCCGGGACGCCCUGUCCAAGGCCGUGUACGGCCGUACCUUCACCUGGCUCGUCAACAAGAUCAACGUCUCCCUGGCUUACAAGGACGAGACGUAUAAGAAUGCUUCUGUCAUUGGUCUCCUGGAUAUCUAUGGUUUUGAAGUCUUCCAGCACAACAGUUUUGAGCAGUUCUGCAUUAACUACUGCAACGAGAAGCUGCAGCAGCUCUUCAUCGAGCUCACCCUCAAGUCCGAGCAGGAUGAGUACGAAGCCGAGGGAAUCACGUGGGAGCCUGUGCAGUACUUCAACAACAAGAUCAUCUGUGAUCUGGUGGAGGAGAAGUUCAAAGGCAUCAUCUCCAUUCUGGAUGAGGAGUGCCUGAGGCCAGGUGACGCCAGUGACAUCACCUUCCUGGAGAAGUUGGAGAAUACUGUGGGAGGCCACGCCCACUUGACGACUCACAAGCUGACUGAUGGAAAGACCCGGAAGGUGAUGGGCCGAGAGGAGUUCAGACUGCUGCACUACGCUGGCGAGGUCAACUACAACGUCAACGGCUUUCUGGACAAGAACAAUGACCUCCUCUUCAGGAACUUGAAAGAGGUCAUGUGUAUGUCUGAUAAUAAGAUUCUGACCCAGUGCUUUGACCGGGCAGAGCUGAAGGACAGCAGGAGACCUGAGACGGCAGCGACCCAGUUCAAGACCAGCCUGGCCAAGUUAAUGGAGAUCCUGAUGUCCAAGGAGCCGUCGUACGUGCGCUGCAUCAAGCCCAACGAUGCCAAGCAAGCAGGACGGUUCGACGAGGUUCUCAUCAGGCAUCAGGUGAAGUACCUGGGUCUGAUGGAGAACCUCCGCGUGAGGAGAGCUGGCUUUGCCUACCGCCGCCACUAUGAGACCUUCCUCCAGAGGUAUAAGUCCCUGUGCCCGGAGACCUGGCCUAGCUGGCAGGGCAAGCUGGCAGACGGAGUCUCCACACUGGUCAAACACCUGGGUUACAAACCUGAGGAGUACAAGCUGGGCAGAUCCAAAAUCUUCAUCCGUUUUCCAAAGACUCUGUUCGCCACGGAGGACGCGCUAGAAACGAGGAAACACAGCCUUGCCAACAAACUGCAGGCAUCCUGGAAGGGCUACAGCCAGAAGACCAAAUACCGCAAACUCCGAUCAUCAGCGGUGGUGGUCCAGGCGUGGUGGAAGGGCAUCCUGGCCUGUAGGAGGGCACGGCGUAGAAGGGAGGCCGCCAACACCAUCCGCAGGUUCAUCAAGGGCUUCAUCUACCGCCAUAAUGAGCGUUGUCCUGAGAAUGAGUACUUCCUGGAUUAUGUGCGCUACUCCUUCCUGAUGAAGCUGCGCAGGAACCUCCCCAAGACAGUCCUGGACAAGAGCUGGCCCACGCCCCCGACCGCCCUCAUCGAGGCGUCGGAACGGCUACGUAAACUGUACAUGCAGAACAUGGUGUGGGGCUACUGCAAGAAGAUCAACCCAGAGUGGAAACACCAGUUGGAGCAGAAAAUGGUGGCCAGUGAGAUCUUCAAAAACAAGAAGGACAACUAUCCCCAAAGUGUCCCAAAGCUCUUUGUGGGCACAAGACUCAAUGGAGAGGAGAUUAACCCCAAGGUGUUGCAGUCACUUGGCAGUGAGAAGAUGAAGUAUGCAGUCCCAGUGACCAAGUACGACAGGAAGGGCUACAAGGCGCGACCAAGGCAGCUGCUGCUCACCUCCAACAGUGCCGUCAUCGUGGAGGAGGCCAAGCUCAAGCAGCGCAUCGACUACGCCGCCCUCAAAGGCAUUUCAGUCAGCUCUCUCAGUGAUGGCGUCUUCGUACUGCAUGUGCCCACUGAAGACAAGAAACAGAAGGGAGAUGUGGUGCUGCAGAGUGACCACAUCAUCGAGACCCUGACCAAAGUGGCCAUCUGUGCUGACAAGGUCAACAGCAUCAACAUCAACCAGGGAAGUAUAACUUUCACGAUGGGCCAAGGUAGAGAAGGGAUCAUAGACUUCACCUCUGGCUCUGAGCUGCUGGUUGCCAAGGCGAAGAAUGGCCACCUCUCAGUGGUGAGUCGGAAUAACGGAGGGAUAUAAAGCGUCAGUCCUCCCCUACAGGACUAAUACAACUGCCCCUCGACUGAACUCAAGAUGAUAGCAAUGACUGAUCAUCUGACCACGUCAAGGAAGUCCUUCCUGGAAUACGCUCCUAUUCACCAAUCUCAACCGCAGACCAGGCUCUGCCUAAGCCAAUCAAAUGCCAGCUCUCGCUACACGAACGGCAUGUGCUUCCAAUUAAGAAAAAGUCCAGUGAAACUAAUUGAUAUUUAUGUUUAUAUAUUUUUGGGAAUAAUACUUGUUAUUUGAAUAUCAUGAUUUUAUAUAUGAAGCCAAGGAAUAACAAUGUUUUGGUGCAUUUUUUUCCUGCACUACUUAUGCCUGUCUUGCUUAAUUUGGGAACAUGACCAAGCAAUCAAUGAGGGUGUAUUGGGUCUCCUUUGCUUUUUCUUUCUGUCAUUAUUUUUUUGCUAUAUUUUCUCUGUUCAGCAGUGUAGACUUUACACCCUCUCUGAUACUACUCUUUUAACUGUUUGGGGCAGAGGCUUUUGUUAAAGUGGAGAUGCAGUACAUGGCUGAUGGUAUGUAGGUUAGGUUUGUUAUAAACUAUCGAGGAGCAGGGAGUUUGGUAGAGAAGUUCAUAAGAAUAGUUGUUUUUUCAAACUUGUUUCGACUCGGACACAAUACUCUUGGGGAAGUCAAGAGAGAAGUCAUGUGGGUGUGUGACCUUUGACCCAGAGCAUAUUGUCCAGAAUGUGGUCAGAAUUUGGUCUGUGCUGUGCCAUAGAUCACUGAAUCAUUCUUUGAUGUAGAUAUCAUGUAGCCCAAAUGAAAGCGUAAACCAAAGCAUUUUGGUAAGCAGAAUGUUGAAAUUUGAUUUAUAAUGGAAACACCAUAGUGAAUGGGCUUUACAAUAUAUAAGAGAUAAAGAAAGUGACAGAGAAAUUAGGAAAAAGGCGUGAGAAUGAAAAUGGGGGGGGGGAAUAGAAAACCAUUUUGUCUUUCCAUUUAUCGCUUGUUUGCUCCCAACGAUUGUGCCUUUCUCCUUUGCUAAAUUAUUGUUAAUGGAUUAUUUAUGUCGAUACACCAAUUAAACAAUGACACUUUGGGGAUGACAUUGAGUCCACUGUUGUUAGAGACCGAUAUGUCUCGUUUUCCCUCAGGAUGACCUGUGGAAAAAUACUUCAGAGAAAGACAAAAGCAUGCUGUACACACACACACACACACACAUUUCACUCCCAAGUUAAACCUGUAGAGUAAAAGCUUUUUGGAAACAUGCUGUGAUCCAUUUGCUUUCCAUUGUGUCAAGUUCCCAGGCAGCCAUAUCCGUACUCUGGUUAUGUGUAGCAGCUCACCAGGAUAUAGUAGUAGUCAGAACAACACUCAUGACUUAUUUUACCACAUUUACCAAUCUUUUCCUGAUGAGGAUGUUUAUGCUAGCAUUGUGAUGGGGACAUGCUGUUGUUUUGAUUGGCACUUCCAAACCUAGAUCUUCAAGAGCGAUGAGGCCCUGUGCACAGCAUUCAAGUGCAGUUAACUAUUUCCCUGGUGUUUAAUACUGACAUCAUAGGAUAUACUCAUAGCGAAGGGUGUUCUUCACAGAAAGCACACGAAUCAAUGGUAACCUCCUUAGGAACACUUAUCAAUCUUUGUAACAAACCAGAGGUCUAUUGGUAUGACCCACGUGAGUGACACCACAGUUCAUAGAUUGAAUCUACGCACCUCUCCCCAGCUGUGACUUUCUGAGCUGCGUUUCACUCUUCACAUUCCUGUGCUGCUGCUUCUUUGCAUUGCCUCUUGAGUGCCCCUCCCCUCCUCCUCCCUCUAUGACCCAGCCUCUGAGCUGUGUACAGCUGACAACCCAAUGAAUGAACGGUAAGACAGGUGCAAUAUGCCUAAAUAAAGGUGUGUUACUGCACUGACAUUAGACAAAGAAACAAUAGUGGAUGCAAAAUGUCUGUUGAAUGAUUAUAUGUCAAUUAAAGUGUUAUUUUCCUGGUUGGAGAUGUGUUUGCUUCGCCUGGUCCCAGAUCUGUUUGUGCGCGCUUGCCAAUUCCAAUGCCAGACAGCACAAACCGAUAUGGGACCAGACUAUUGUGUUCUGUGCACUAAUAAGAAGUUUGAGCCAAGUGAGGCUUUGUAAAAGUGUAACUUGCAUUUUGUCUUGUUCAAAAUUUGUUGUUAAUGUGCCUUGAGUUUAAUAGGAAUACAACCAAUUUUGUAUGAAAUUCAUUGACAAAUACCUCCUUGACGAUGUCACUUAUUCCAGAGUAAAAAAACGUGUGUAUAUAUAUAUAUAUAUAUAUAUACACCUCAAUCUGAUUCCUCCUUUUAAAUGUCAUAGAUUUUCUGUAAAGCCUGUCUCCCUAUGUUUAAUAAUUUACAAUACACAAGUUUAGUCCUGAGUUACUGUAUGCACAAUCAUGUAGAAUUAGACCAACACACUAAAGAAAAUACUAAAUUGUCAAAAUAAACUUAUUGAUUCUG